GCGUCACAGAAGGAGGAGACGAAAAGAAGAAGAAAAACAAAGAUGGCGGCGCGAGGCUGCGGUUUUCUCAUCGAGCCAGCGGCCGGUUUCUGACGGAAGGAGGGGCGACACACAGGCAUCGUUUACCUCAGCAAAUAUCUCUAAAAUACAUUUAUAAUUAAAGUCUUAACUUUUGAAACAAAAGUUGUGAAGAGGAGAAAAUAGUCGCCGGUCGCGUUUAUUGUUUUUUUUUGGUAUAAUUUUCGGGGUCCGGGACGGGGGAGGUGACGGUUACCGGGUGAACGAGAAAACAAAUUAAAAAUGUCGGCGGUGGAGGAGAGAGAGCCGGCGCCCGCGGCUUCUUCAGCGGCGGGAGGUGGAGGAGCGGCGGCAGCGGCGAUGAUGAUGGCGGCGGCAGCGGCGGCGGCUGCUUCCUCGGGCCCCUCCGACCCCCUGCACCCGGCGGCGGCGGCGGCCGGAGCCCAGGAGCUGAACAACCACCCGGAGCUGGAGGAAGGUCCGAGCUCCAAGAAGCGGGCCCGGCUGGAGGCCGAGUCGGCGGCCGGCUCCGGCUCGGGUUCGGGCUCGGCGGCCGCAGGCGGUGGAGCGGCGGCGGGGGGCAAGGCCGGCGCGGAGCACAAGCUGGAGGAGAGGCUGUACUCGGUGCUGUGCUGUACCGUGUGCCUGGACCUUCCCAAAGCUUCAGUCUACCAGUGCACGAAUGGUCACUUGAUGUGUGCAGGCUGUUUCAUUCACCUGCUGGCUGAUGCCAGGCUGAAGGAGGAACAGGCCACCUGCCCGAACUGCCGCUGUGAGAUCAGCAAGAGCCUGUGCUGCAGGAACCUGGCCGUGGAAAAGGCGGUGAGUGAACUUCCCAGCGAGUGCGGCUUCUGCCUGAAGCAGUUCCCACGCUCCAUUCUCGAGAGACACCAGAAGGAGGACUGCCAGGACAGAGUAACACUGUGUAAAUACAAGCGGAUUGGAUGUCCAUGGCAGGGGCCAUUCCACGAGCUAACUGCUCAUGAGGGGGAAUGUGGCCACCCCACCAAGACUGGCAAUGAGCUGAUGGAAAUCCUGGACGAAAUGGACCAAAACCACAAGAAGGAAAUGCAGCUCUACAACAGCAUUUUCAACCUACUUAGCUUUGAGAAAAUAGGAUAUACAGAAGUUCAGUUCCGGCCCUACCGAACAGAUGACUUCAUCACCAGGCUCUACUAUGAGACUCCAAGGUUCACAGUGCUCAACCAGACAUGGGUCCUGAAAGCACGGGUCAAUGACUCCGAGCGUAACCCCAACCUGUCCUGCAAGCGCACCCUGUCAUUCCAGCUCAUCCUGAAGAGCAAGGUCAACUCACCGAUGGAGUGCUCCUUCCUCCUUCUAAAGGGUCCCUACGAUGAUGUCAAAAUUAACCCGGUCAUCUACCAUUUCGCUUUCACCAACGAGAACAAUGAAACAGACUACAUGCCGCUGCCUAUCAUAGACUCUGUCGAAUGCAACAAAUUGCUAGCGGCCAAAAACAUUAACCUGAGGCUCUUUAUAUUUCAGAUACAGAAGUAG